AUGCAAAAACCUCCGGUGCGUUCAUCAAGGACACAUAGUGCCCAAUUGAGAACGCCUGAAAGAAAAAUAAAUAUCGGAAAUGAUCCCGGAAGUAUUUCGCAGAAUUUAAGGGACAGGAUAUCUUUUUACGAACAAGUUCUUUCUCGAAAAAAGAAAGAUGAACCGAGGUCAGACCCUGGAAGACUCAGGCAAACCACAAGCAGUUUUUUGACCUCAGAAAGAGGGUCUGAAAGGAUCAGGUAUCCCUUUUUAAAUUUUAACAGCAGCUAUAUGAAUCCUACCCGAUCUAGUAUGAAUAAAUCCACGGUUAGGACUUCCACCGGGCGUAGUGGAAUGCAAGACACUACAGCCAAAAUUGUCGCAAGUGGAAGUACAACUGAUGGUGCCAGCAAACCGGAAAAAGUAACAGUCAGACAAAAAUUAGACGAGGUUACAAAACCGUUAAGAGUAAAAUUAUUUGGAAGAGGAACUUCCAAAACAUCGAUUACGACUUCAACCACAACAACACCUACAUCGACGAUAACAAGAACAACAACGGCCGUGACGAGAACACUUACUUCGACUAAAACUGUCACAACAUCGAUAAAAUCAUCUGCAACGCCGGGAAAAACCGUAACAACCACAACUACAAGGGUUACCGUUUUCCCGAGCAAAGAUGGCUCUCCCAAAGUGAGAGAAAGUAUAUCGAGAUCAACGAGCGGUUAUUCGAGCAGAGAUUCUUCUAGUCGAUUUACACCGACCACUUCCGUUGUUUCUCGCUCGAUCAUAAAAAAAGAUGAAAUUGCUAAAAGUCCAAAAGCUGCGUUUUUCGAAACGCCGGAAAAGAAAUCAAUUUCAAAAACGCCACUCACUGAAAAAUUAGAUAGGAAUAUUAUGCCGAGAACUCCGUCCGAAGAAGUCUUACAAGACUCUUGUUACCACACGAAUAUAUCAUUGUCAAAAUCAUCAAGUGCUGCAUCCAUGACCAUGGAUUCUGAUGAUUUCUUACUGAGAAGAACUCCGUCCCGUGAAAGAAUGGAUCUUGAUUCAUUGAGCGUUGGCUCUGAAACAAGUAGUUCGAAAGGAAGCGAAUGGUACCAGGAAUAUAAAUCACAAAGCUUUCAAAAUUAUAACUCGAAAUUGGAACGAGUUUUAACUAGACAAGAAUAUGAUUCACAUAUAGCCGAAAUUAGAGCUUUUUAUAUUUUCAUUACGUAA